UGAGUUUCGCACGCGUCCCAAAAUGGAGCGAUGCGGUGGGGCGAGGGCGACUGGAGCCUGGAGCGAACGCCACCCUCCACAGUCCGUCCCGGCACGCCACGCUGACUGGUCGCCGCUCGACUCCUGUCUUUUGCAACACCAGGUCCCAGAUUCUAUAACUCACAACAACAUGGCGGACGAUGAGAGAAAGCGCAUCGAGGAGGCGAAGAGGGCGAAGCAGGCUGACAUAGACCGCAAACGCGCUGAGGUGCGCAAGCGCCUGGAGGAGACGGCCAAAGCCAAGAAGGCCAAGAAGGGUUUCAUGACCCCAGAGAGGAAGAAGAAGCUCAGAUUAUUGCUGAGAAAGAAGGCCGCUGAAGAGUUGAAGAAGGAACAGGAGAGGAAAGCAGCCGAGAGGAGGAGGAUUAUUGAUGAACGCUGCGGUAAACCCAAAAAUAUUGACGACGCUAACGAAGUCGAACUUCAAACACUUUGCAAGCAGUACUGGGACAAAAUUUACACAUUAGAGAGUGCUAAAUGGGAUUUAGAGAGAAUAAGUAAAGUGAAAGAAUUUGAGAUUUCCGACCUGAACGCCCAAGUGAAUGACCUCCGUGGUAAAUUGUGAGUAUUAUCUGAUAUUU